AUGCCUACUCCGUUUCAAUUUCGUGGCAAUGCUCUUCAAAAUGACAGGAAUACUCGUGGUAGACCUAGAGACUAUCAUCGAGGCUCACGGGGCAGGCACGAGUUCACAUUUCGUGCACCGCGCCCUACUGCGGAACGCCCGUUAUUGAGUACCAAACGGGAGACAACGCCAGAACAAUUACAGGCCGAAGAUGGCAGCGGGAAGCCUGCACUUAAGUUUGCGUCUUUAAAUUCUCUGAGCGAUAGUGAAGAGGCCGAGAUGGAUUUUUCUGAGGACUCUGAUGAAGAACACCGACCCCGCAAAAAACGCGCCGUAGGAAUUGAUGGUCAUGAGUCCCCAGUCUCACUUCCUCUUCCUCCUCCCAUCCCCACCCCCAAGUGGUCCAACCCCGAUCCCUACACUGCGCUCCCCCCACCGGAUGAAAGUCAACACAAACGAGUGGAUUUUGUCAAAUUGAUCCGCAAGGCAAGAUUGGCCAGCUCUGGCGAGGCUAAGCAGAACACCGCGGUAGUGGACAAUGAGGACUUCAUAUCUCUAGGCACCAUGAAUCAAUCUGCGGGAUCGGAAGAAACGGAGAACAAGGCUCCAGAAAACGCACCCAGGGGCCCCAGAGGCAUGGAGAUCAAAGGAGCUGCGACGAAACGCGGACGUGAUGAACAGUCUACAAACUUUCCAACAAGAUUUCAAGUUGGCAAGCCCAAGGCGAAAUUCAACUCAAAUGGUUCCAUUCUUAGAGACUGGCUGCCAUCGGAUGGCCAAAACCCCACGCCUUGGUUAUCAAAAACCGAGCAGAGCAAGAACCCAUCUACAAGAUUGCAUCUCGAGAUUGUUGCGUUCUACAACUUUGUCAAACCACAUGACUACGAGCAAAUCGUCCGAGCCGACCUGGUAGAUCGUCUACGACUUGCAUUUCAGAGACGCUAUGGCAGAGUUCAAAUACUUGCAUUUGGUUCAUUUGCGUCGGGACUAUAUCUUCCUGUUGCUGAUAUUGAUCUUGUUCUUCUGUCGGCGGGCUUCCAAGACAUGGGCAGAAAAUACUAUGGCGAAAAGAAGGGACAAAUCUAUUCAUUCGCGGCUUUCAUCAGGGAUCAGAACCUUGCGAUCCCUGGAACUGUUGAAACCAUUGCUCAUGCCCGCGUCCCAAUUCUCAAGUAUGUUGAUCGGUUGACUGGACUCAAGGUGGAUUUGUCUUUCGACAACGAUAGCGGUCUUGUCGCCAACAACACCUUCCAGGCCUGGAAGAGCGAGUUCCCGAUAAUUCCGAUAAUCGUAUCCAUCAUCAAACAAUUUUUACUCCUCCGAGGAUUACAUGAGGUACCGACUGGUGGUCUUGGUGGGUUCUCAAUCACUUGCCUGGUAACCAGUCUCCUUCAACACAUGCCAAAGAGUGACCAACAAAAUGCCGGAACUAUUCUGGUGAACUUCUUCAACUUCUACGGCAACGAGUUUGACUACCAGACCACUGGAAUUCGACUGAACCCGCCGGCAUACUAUACCAAGUACUUCGGCAACCCAGAUCGGUUAAUGAUUGAGGAUCCCAACAACCCUUCCAAUGACAUUUCCGGUGGCACCAAGGAGAUACCACUCAUCUUCCGUGCGUUUAAAGAUGCCCACCGCAGCUUGAAAAGGGCACUGGAAACCUACAAACCAUACAACAGCAUGCUGAAAGAUAUCAUUGGGGCCAACUUUGACGAAUAUGACGAGCAGCGAUACCAGUUGCGCGAAUUCUUUGAGCAAGCGCCCCAAUUUGCUCGACACCGAAAGGGCUCUUCACCACCACCUCCUCCGCCACCGCCCCCGCCGUAUUCACGAGCUCCUGCCCCUCCCCUGCCACCGGGACCACCUCCCCCAACUCACCCUAGGCGAGAGCGCAAGAGGAAGUCCGACAGACAGUCAUCCGUUGACUUUUCGGUAGACCAUGACUUUGAUGAAGAGUGCCUAUGA